AUGAAAUUCGCUCAAGCCUGUGCUGCCGCUGUUUCGCUGGCCCCUUUAGUCGCUGCUACGUGCGACUAUGUUAGUGGAAACUACUACUGCUCCGAAACUGAUGCCGUUGUGUACCAGAACGUUGGCUACUCCGGGUCGUACAUGGACGUGACCAGUAUGGACGAGACCUCGUGCUCGUGCUCGCAAGAGUCGGUCUCUUUUGAAGGCUCCAUGUCUCCAUUGGACGAAGAACUGUCCGUUCACUUCAGAGGUCCCCUCGAGCUUCUACAAUUCGGUGUUUACUACCCUAGCUCGGGAUCCAGCUCUCUCAAGAAAAGAGAAGAUUGCGAUGUCGCCAAGCGCCAUCAUGACCACAAACGUGAGGCUGCCGUCGCUGUUGUUCAUGUCACUUCCACCAUGUACGUAGACGGUAGCGGCAACCAAGUUGCUUCGUCUAACCCAUCUGCCACUGCCGUGUACUCCACUUCUUCGUCUUUGGCUCCAGCUACCACUUCGCAAGCCCAGUCCGCGCAAACCUCAGCUGCUGCUCCUGCCUCUUCAUCUCCUGCUUCUUCAUCUGUCGCUCCUUCUUCUGGCUCUUCGUCAAGCUCUUCCGCUCCAGCGUCUUCAUCCUCGAGCUCUUCCGGCUCCACCUCUGGCUCUGGCUGGAACAGAGUCUCUUACUACACUCCAGGUUCUGCCUCCAACUUGACCUUCAUGAACCACCAAGGUGGUACUGCCGGCUCUGGUACCUGGUCCUCUUGUUUCGGUAACUCCAUUUCUUACUGUGCUGCCGAUGGUGUCUCUGGUGCUAGCUCUCCGCAAGCCUUGGACCAAGUUACUUUGGCCUCCAACAGUGAAUACAUGAUCUUCUCUGGUGUCGAUUGCUCCGACACAUCUUCUGGCUCUUGUGGUACUUACAGAAAUGAUAUCCCAGCUCACCACGGUUUUGGCGGUGAUACCAAGAUGUUUGUUUUCGAGUUCAAGAUGCCCCACGACUAUUCUUCUUCUUACAAUCAAGAUAUGCCAGCUGUCUGGAUGCUGAACGCUAAGAUUCCACGUACGCUGCAAUACGGUAACUCCGAGUGUUCUUGCUGGGGUACUGGCUGCGGUGAAUUGGAUUUGUUCGAAAUUUUGAGCUCCGGCAGCGAGAAUUUGAUUACUCACUUGCACGACGGCCAAGGUAACAACGGUAACAGCCAAGGUGGUGGCGGUACUCAGGACUACUUCCAGAGACCUACCUCCAACAGUUUGAAGGCUGCUGUUAUCUUCAAUGGUGCUGACAAGACUUUGCAUGUUGUGAGCGUUGACGGUGACUUCGGCUCUACUUUGAGCGCCAGUACCGUUCAAGAAUGGUUGAACAAAAGCGGUUCCGUUGCUAACCUAGCCUAA